AUGGUGGUUCUUCAUUCCCUCGUUCUUUUCGUGGACGAACCCAACGUACUACACGACGAAAUCCUUGGGUACUUGAUAACGACCUGCGACAUGACCAUGGCUAUGACUACUUCAUUUCUAAAGAAACACCGACAAAUACGUCGGAAAACCAGCUCAUCGACGUUGGGAAAGAACAUCGUUCAGAGCGACAAGAGAAGUGAGAAGAGGACUAGGAUCGUCAAGUCCGAUAUACGGUUACCAAGACCAAUCAGAAGAGAAGAGGACUAUCUUUAUCUUCCUCUUUCCUUACAGUUUCCCUACCCUCCUCUUCCAACGCCGUCCAACCCAAACUUCUCGCCACUUUCGUCGCCAAGCUCAACGUCCAGCGGCUUACCACGUACGCCUCCCGAAACGUCGCCCAGCUCAUCACCUCUCUUGAAAGCCCAAUCCAAACUAGCGUUCAUCACACCUCUCAGUAUCUCGAAAAGUACUGAUUUAACUUUUGGGAACUUUUUUUCCGCACCGCUUUCCCCGACGUCCUCUGAAGAGACAUUUGAUGAACCAAUCUCUCCCAUCAGUCCUAUGAUGUCGUUUGCAUCGCCCAUAUACCCGCUGACCUCGAGGGCACAGGAUGACCCUUUCAUCAUAAUACCGCCUCUCACACCUCUAUCAGAGCACGAUGAAGACGACGAAGAGCCAUCAAGGCCAACAUCAGAUGUAGAGUCUGACGACGAUUACUAUACCAACGCUCUCAGCUCCUUACUCACUUUAAGUUCGCGGAUGCCCCAACAAAACCAACACCCUUCCACCCGACCCGAAUCCAUGCUUCGAGCACAGUGUGAAAUCUCGAAAUUACCAAAUAUUCCUCUCGACGAGGAAACAACCGGUUUUGAAGCAACACGCAAAGCCUGCUUCCCAUCUGCUCAACUUGAUCCAGCCUGGGGAAGACGAAGCUUCUUAAUACCCACGCGCUCGCCCCCACCGCCACCAAUUGCCGUCACUCCAGAAUCCGCUACGUCGCCCGCAUCAUCACCAGCUCAAACCUUGCGACCUCGCCCACCGUCGUUAAAGAUAACCAAACCUUUUCCUAGAAUGAGCGUUGUUCCUCUUGACACUCUUGAAGAGGAUGACGUUGGCGACACGUCCCUCUUGAGCUACUACGGUGUUUCCCCGUCUUACGGCGCAUUCUCUUCUUCUUCUUCUUCUUCCUCUCGUGCCUCGCUGGGUGACUUUGAGCUCCAGUUUGAGAUGGAUUUGGAAUCAGAUCUGAAGUUCCCAGUCUCGUUACCCGGCUCUCCCUCCGAUGUUGAAGCUGACGAAGAUGGCGACGAUGAAUGGAUGGCUUCUCCAACUGAAGAACAACUAUUGGUAAAGCAGGAUCAAUUCGAGGGAUCUAGAGAUCACACAGAAUUAGACGAAAAACGGCCAGUACAUGCCCUUCGAUCCCGGUGGUCGUCGUCGACUUUAUCCUCGAUCCAUCAUUUGCAAUCCCCUAGGACGCCUUCGACUGUGUCCAAAUUCAAGCAUUAUCUUCGAGGUUCGAUAAAUAAAAAGGAAGGAACCUCUCAUCGCAAGGGCAAACGAGGAGUCGUUGUUCUUGGUCCUUCCUCGUCAGCUUUUAUGUCUGCCUCCCCCCCAACACCAUUUUCGCCCAGUGCGAAGUCAAUCCGGUUCGCUAACACCCCGAUUCCCCGAUCCCCGAGUACGACGGCAUCCUCCUUUGGAUCCCCGCAGUCGCCUACAUUUUCGGAUGUUGAGGAGAUGAUGUCGUUCUCUGCUUUUUUGCCUGUCGGAUCACCUACUACAAAACCGCCGAUUCCUACCUCACCAAAACCCACUCGUGUACGAAGGAGACCGAGCACAUCCUCGAGUUCAAACACGAGUACGACGAGUAGUGGAAGUGAGAGAUUGAAAAGGAAGCCUAUCCCCGUGGAGAUGUUUCUGAGGGUUUGA